GCUUUGCGUUCUCAUCAGAAAACAAUUCGCAGUCAAGAGUGAAAGUUUGCUGUUUUGAUGUGAUUGAGAGGUUUAAUGUAAUAAAUAUAUUUGCUGUACAGACUUGUAGAGUGUUGGAAUUGGAUUCAAGUUUUGUCCAAGUGGAAAUCGGAUCGUCGUUCGGUGUUUGAGGACACGGUUUCUGGGUAUAUUUUAUAUCGACUUUCUGUCACCUGUGUCAAUUUGCUACGGAAGUUAACGAUCGACUCGAGGAAUUAAGUCGUCAAAGCUGCAAGUUCCUGACGCAAAUUUACUCAAUUGACGCAAAUUCUAGUUGCGAACUGGCAUUUAUGAGUCAAUAUACUAGACAGCUUAUGUUGUGAAUCUUGCUUUGUCAUAUUGCUGAAAAAUAUUUAAACAGUGUAUAUUGCACGGUACCUGCUCUGCGAAGGUCACGAAUUCAAUUUUAUCACCUAAUGACCUGGUUUUGUUCGAAAUAAUAUCGGCAUUGUUCUAAUAAGGCGAAUUGUAAGAAUUUCACGUUAAAUUCUCGCAAAUUGAGACAUAUAUCGGUUGAUAAAGUUUAAAGAGGUUUGAUUAUUUCAAUAUAAAGGACAAUAACAUUUGCAUUUGAAUAUGGAGAUGGCAGACGUACAAGUUCUGGUUCAGUCCGUAGCAAACAAACAGCAACAAAAUAAACGUAAACGCGAUCCAGACAUGUAUUUAGAUGCAGUCCUAGAAUGUACUGUGCGAAAAUUAAAUCGCGAGCGAAUGGAACGGGACGAAGUGCUGAGGAAACGCCAGAGAACUGAAGUGGACGACCGAACAGGUUAUUGUGCGAGUACAGACGCUUCUCUUUCAGGAAAGAGUUUAAUUGAAUGCCCAAGAACUUUAAACAAUGACUCUACACUUUCUAAAAGCACCGAUUGUGAUUUGGACACGGAUUUCGCUAGCCUAGAAAACGAAUUAUCUGGAGAUUUAAAAGAUUUACUAGAUGAACUAUCAAGGGAAUUCCCUUGCGAUUUUUGGGUGACGGACACAAAUAAUAAUACUCCGGUUGAAACUAAAGACAGUGAAGGAGAUAUGUGGUUUUCUAGUUUCAUUGAAGUGCUAUGUUCGACGUGAUUGGGUUAUCGAUGAAAUAUUUAGCAAAUAGAAUGGUAUAAAAUAGUGCAAAGUAUAUUGUGAGGGGUUUAUGUCUUAAUCGUUCGUCACUUUGCGUGAAACGUACAUGUUGUACCGGAAGUUGUAGAUUUCAAUCGCUAAGUUAUUAUAAAAAUUUAUAUAAAGAAGAAAUUAACUAAAUUAUUCUAAAAAGAGAUUGUAGAUUUAUAAUAUUGUGAAUAUGGCAGUCAAAAGUGUAAUUUGUUUUGGUACGAAUAUAAAUUAUUGAGAAUUACAUUAGUGUGUUUAUACUGUAUUGCGUGUUGUCAUAAACUUGAUACGAAGUUGUAGUAUUGUCGACUGAUAUUGUUUCAAUUUGACAUGAUGUAGCUUGUUUAUAUGGGUUGAGUAAUAUAAACAAUUAAAGCAAAUCACUUCUUUCAUAUGGCCAGUGCUUUCGCCUACAGCUGUCCUUCAAGUGGCUUUAAAAAACAAUACUCUCGCAAAUGAAAAGGCUUUCAUGCCUUGUGAGCCCAGUGAGUGAGAUGCGCAUGCAUGCCUUUGUAACGCACAUAAAAUUCAUUUUGUGUUCAUAUGAGAAACGAGCCAGCCAGGCUAGUUCAUAUUAACUUUGGAAAAUGUAAGGAUGGUUUGGAACGCAUUGAUCGUGUGUUGCAAUUUUGUAUUAUUUGGGACUCCUCAGUCCUGUUGUCUGUACCUUCAAUCGUUUUGUUGAUUGUAAAGUUUAUAACUAAAUUAGGUGGGAUCUGCCUUGCGCUACUGUGGGAUCUCAGUGAAAUGUGAAGUGGGGAAUCAUUUUCCAUAUAAAGGCUUUAUUCCACCUGACCGUGAUGGCCUUUAUAAACCCG